AAAGUGUUGACACCAGUCUUCUGUGAGCACCCACUUUCUUAGGGUGUGUUGAUUUCUAUAGAUUUUACUCCUCUUGUUAUUUCCAUAGGUGUGAGAUGCACAAUGCGAAACCUAGGCCCCAGCUUUUGCACCAUGAUGCACAGGGUUGUACUUUUUGUACUGAACUGAUAGGUGGCCUAGUGGUUAUGCCCUGUACUACCAUUUUGAGGAUCUGGACUCCGUUCCUGCCUUGCUCUUUGGACCACAUUGUCAAUUCACACCGAAACUAUGUUCCAACUUCCUGUCAACAAUCUUGGCAGUUUAAGAAAAGCCCGGAAAACUGUGAAAAAAAUACUUAGUGACAUUGGGUUGGAAUACUGUAAAGAACACAUAGAAGAUUUUAAACAGUUUGAACCUAAUGACUUUUAUUUGAAAAACACUACAUGGGAGGAUGUAGGACUAUGGGACCCUUCACUUACAAAAAACCAGGACUAUCGGACAAAACCUUUUUGCUGCAGUGCUUGCCCAUUUUCUUCAAAAUUUUUCUCUGCCUACAAAAGUCAUUUCCGGAAUGUCCAUAGUGAAGACUUUGAAAAUAGGAUUCUCCUUAAUUGCCCCUACUGUACCUUCAAUGCAGACAAAAAGACUUUGGAAACACACAUUAAAAUAUUUCAUGCUCCAAACGCCAGCACACCAAGUAGCAGCCUCAGCACUUUCAAAGAUAAAAGCAAAAGCGAUGGCCUUAAACCUAAGCAGGCUGACAGUGUAGAGCAAGCUGUUUAUUACUGUAAGAAGUGCACUUACCGAGAUCCUCUUUAUGAAAUAGUUAGGAAGCACAUUUACAGGGAACAUUUUCAGCAUGUGGCAGCACCUUACAUAGCAAAGGCAGGAGAAAAAUCACUCAAUGGUGCAGUCCCCUUAGGCACAAAUGCCCGGGAAGAAAGUAGUAUUCACUGCAAGCGAUGCCUUUUCAUGCCAAAGUCCUACGAAGCUUUGGUACAGCAUGUCAUUGAAGACCAUGAACGCAUAGGCUAUCAGGUCACUGCCAUGAUUGGGCACACAAAUGUGGUGGUUCCCCGAUCCAAACCCUUGAUGCUGAUUGCUCCCAAACCUCAAGACAAGAAGGGCAUGGGACUCCAAUCAAGAAUUGGUUCCCUCGCUUCUGGAAACGUCCGGUCUUUACCAUCACAGCAGAUGGUGAAUCGACUCUCAAUACCAAAGCCUAACUUAAAUUCUACAGGAGUCAACAUGAUGUCCAAUGUUCACCUACAGCAGAACAACUAUGGAGUCAAAUCUGUAGGCCAGGGCUAUGGCGUUGGUCAGUCAAUGAGACUGGGUCUAGGUGGCAACGCACCAGUUUCCAUCCCUCAACAGUCUCAGUCUGUGAAGCAGUUACUUCCAAGUGGAAAUGGAAGAUCUUAUGGACUUGGGUCAGAGCAGAGGACCCAGGCACCGGCAAGAUACUCGCUGCAGUCUCCAAAUGCCUCGUCUCUGUCAUCGGGCCAGUUAAAGUCUCCUUCCCUCUCCCAGUCACAGGCAUCCAGAGUAUUAGGUCAGUCCAGUUCCAAACCUACUGCAGCUGCCACUGGCCCUCCCCCACCCAAUACUUCCUCAACUCAGAAGUGGAAAAUAUGUACAAUCUGUAAUGAGCUUUUUCCUGAAAAUGUCUACAGUGUGCACUUCGAAAAAGAACAUAAAGCUGAGAAAGUCCCAGCAGUAGCCAACUACAUUAUGAAAAUACACAAUUUUACUAGCAAAUGCCUCUACUGUAAUCGCUAUUUGCCCACAGACACUCUGCUCAACCAUAUGUUAAUUCAUGGUCUGUCCUGUCCAUAUUGCCGUUCAACUUUCAAUGAUGUGGAAAAGAUGGCGGCACACAUGCGGAUGGUUCACAUUGAUGAAGAGAUGGGGCCUAAAACAGACUCUACUCUGAGUUUUGAUUUGACAUUGCAGCAGGGCAGUCACACUAACAUCCAUCUCCUUGUAACUACGUACAACCUGAGGGAUGCCCCUGCUGAAUCUGUUGCUUACCAUGCCCAAAAUAACCCUCCAGUCCCUCCAAAGCCACAGCCAAAAGUUCAGGAAAAGGCAGAUAUUCCUGUUAAAAGUUCACCUCAAGCUGCAGUGCCCUAUAAAAAGGAUGUCGGGAAAACCCUUUGCCCUCUUUGCUUUUCAAUCCUAAAAGGACCCAUAUCUGAUGCACUUGCACAUCACUUAAGAGAGAGGCACCAAGUUAUUCAGACAGUUCACCCAGUGGAGAAAAAGCUCACCUACAAAUGCAUCCACUGCCUUGGCGUGUAUACCAGCAACAUGACCGCCUCGACUAUCACUCUGCAUCUGGUCCACUGCAGGGGUGUUGGAAAGACCCAGAAUGGCCAAGACAAGACCAAUGCACCCUCUCGGCUUAACCAGUCACCGGGCCUGGCACCUGUGAAGCGCACUUACGAGCAAAUGGAAUUUCCCUUGCUGAAAAAGCGGAAGCUAGAUGAUGACAGCGAUUCGCCCAGCUUCUUUGAGGAGAAGCCUGAGGAGCCUGUUGUUUUAGCUUUGGACCCCAAGGGUCAUGAAGACGAUUCCUAUGAAGCCAGAAAAAGCUUCCUAACAAAGUAUUUCAACAAGCAGCCCUAUCCCACCAGGAGAGAAAUUGAGAAGCUGGCGGCCAGUUUAUGGUUGUGGAAGAGUGACAUUGCUUCCCAUUUUAGUAACAAGAGGAAGAAGUGUGUCCGAGACUGUGAAAAGUAUAAGCCUGGUGUGUUACUGGGCUUCAACAUGAAAGAAUUAAACAAAGUUAAGCAUGAGAUGGAUUUUGAUGCUGAGUGGCUAUUUGAAAAUCAUGAUGAGAAGGAUUCCAGAGUCAAUGCUAGUAAAACUGCUGACAAAAAGCUCAACCUUGGGAAAGAAGAUGACAGUUCCUCAGACAGUUUUGAAAAUUUGGAAGAAGAAUCCAAUGGAAGUGAUAGCCCUUUUGACCCUGUUUUUGAAGUUGAGCCUAAAAUCCCUAACGAUAACCCAGAGGAACACAUACAGAAGGUAAUUUCUGAGGAUGCUUUAGAGUCUGAGAAGCUAGACCAAAAAGAGGAGGAUGGUUCAAAAUACGAAACUAUUCAUUUGACUGAGGAACCAACCAAACUAAUGCAUGAUGCCUCUGAUAGUGAGGUGGACCAAGAUGAUGUUGUUGAAUGGAAAGAUGGCGCCUCUCCAUCUGAGAGCGGCCCUGGUUCCCAACAAGUGUCAGACUUCGAGGACAACACGUGUGAGGUGAAAACAGGAACCUGGUCCGAUGAGUCUUCCCAGAGUGAAGAUGCAAGGAGCAGUAAGCCAGCUGCCAAAAAAAAGGCUACCGUGCAAGGUGACAGAGAGCAGUUGAAAUGGAAGAAUAGUUCCUAUGGAAAAGUUGAAGGGUUUUGGUCCAAGGACCAGUCACAGUGGAAGAACGCAACUGAAAAUGCUGAGCGCUUAUCCAGCCCGCAGAUUGAGUGGCAGAAUAGCACAAUGGACAGUGAGGACGGGGAGCAGUUUGACAACGUGACUGAUGGGGUGGCUGAGCCCAUGCAUGGCAGCUUGACCGGAGUUAAACUGAGCAGCCAGCAGGCCUGAGGGCUGGAGUCUCUGGCAUUGGUGACAAGUGCUGCAGCCUGGAACUCUGUUCUCCUUUCAGUGUGACUGCAAAGCUGUAUUCGAACUGGUACUGCCUUUUGAGUGCUGGCUCAUCAGGCUGUGGGGACAUGCGGCCACUCCGAUCCAAGUGGUUAUUUCUAAGUCUAUGACACACGAUUGGCUGAUCUUGCUUUAGAACGUGCUGUGACAGGCACAGUAACUAAAUGUGAAAAACCAGUAAGUUGGGGGCUCAUGAACGCACAUGAGAAAAAGCAGAGGUUUAUUUUAUCUGCCUUCUCAACAUUUCUCUCCCUCUGUAAAGUGUUUGGCUGGACGCCCUUGAGAAGCGUUCUCUUGAUGCAGACGGUAGUGCAGGGCCAACAUACAAGCUACCAGUCCAAUGUGUAUAGUAGACUUUGGGGAAAUUGAUUUUUUUUCAUGUAUUCAUUCUGAAUAGUUGAAAUGUAUAUUUGUACAGUCUUUUAGACCUAUUCAAGUGAUGCUUAUGAUAUUGUUAUUGUGUACCCAUCAUAGAUUUGUUUCUUUUUUUAGUGUUGCCCUUGCUGUGUUAAUAAGCGCUGUAUCUAGUUGACCUAGCAAAAGCCUGAAACUACGCUAGUGUGGACUUCGGGACAGACUUAGUUUUUGCACAUAACCUUGUACAAUCUCGCAGCAGAGGCCAGCCACAUAAGAUAUAUAUCUGGACUCUCUUGUAUUAUAGAAUUUUUCUUGUUCUGAAUAUCCUUGACAUUACAGCUGACAAAAACAAAAACUGGUAUUUCAGGUGUUUUCUGAAAUCUUUUAAGCUAAAAAUCACAUGCAAGAAUUGACUUUGCAGCUACUAAUUUUGACACCUUUUAGAUCUGUAUGAAAGUGUGUUGUGUUGAAGCAGCAAACCAAUGACUGCUGCCUUUUGGAUAUUUAGUUUUAUCUUUAGUUAAACACCACCCUGGUGUAGUCAUUUAUACCAUCUAAUAUAUGACACACUGUUGUAGUAUGUAUAAUUUUGUGAUCUUUAUUUCCCUUUGUAUUCAUUUUAAGCAUCUAAAUAAAUUGCUGUAUUGUGCUUAAUGUAAA